UCUUGGUUCUUCCAUGUUCUGCAGAGCCAGUGGGAGCUGUGUUUGUUUCAGUGGCUUUGGAGGUUUAAAGAGGAGCCAAAUUCAGAGACGCUUCACCAUGAACCGGGCCUGGGCCUUGUUUCAGGCUCACCCCUACAUCAGCAACGUUCUGGGAUACACGACGCUGUUUGCCUCGGCGGACCUCAUCCAGCAGAGAGUCCUGGGUAGAAAUCCCGCCCCGGCAUCCGAGCGGUCCGCCGAGAUCGACUGGAAUCAGACGGCUCGAGUGGCGACUGUGGGCCUGUGUUUCCACGCCAACUUCAACUACCACUGGCUGCGAGGGCUGGAGAGGAUGCUGCCCGGCGGCGGGCUGAGGGCAGUGACGAGGAAGGUGGUGCUGGAUCAGCUGGUUGCUGCUCCGGUUACCAUCAGCGUUUUUUAUAUCGGUUUAAGCUUUUUAGAAAACAAAGACGACCUACUGGAAGACUGGCGACAUAAAUUCUGGACGUCUUACAAGGCCGGAGUGGUGUAUUGGUCAACGAUGCAGGCUGUCAACUUUGCCUUUGUGCCUCCUGUGGCUCGUACUGCGUUUGUGGGAGGAAUUGCUCUGACUUUCACCAUCUUUCUAUGUCAUCUUAGACAGCAGCGUGGUCACAAACCUGACUAAACCUCAGACAUUCAUGUUUAGGAGACAUAUUGUAAAUGAAUGGCAUUAACUGAAGCUCAGUUGAAGGGGAGGUUAUAUGUGAAAACUCUGAAAGAAUAACGUUCAUACGUCUGUGAAUCAGAUGAUCGUCUCUUU